UAAAGGUGAAUAAGAACACAAUCGGAGAGCAAAAACUCGUCCUUGAAUUUGUCUCAAAUUUUGGGAUAUCACGUAUAUCGUGUAUCGUUGUUCUAUUUUCAUUAUGAUCCUCAUAUAUUUCGAUAAAUGUUAGGCUCUUGAUUUGGUAUAAGAGCCUUUGGUGAUCGAGAGGUUUUUUUGCUCGAAUUUCGAUGACCCCAAUUGUUAUGCACUUGGUGUCUAAUGUAUGUUCAUAUUUCAAGCUCAUAGGAGUACGUUUUCAUUUGAGAAGGUGUGUCAGUAAAUGCAUGAUAUAAGAUCGAUAGUUGAAUCUCUCCCAACAACUCGAAUUCUAUGUCCUUGGUUGUUGACAAUACGAGUGGCAUCCCGAUUGUUGUCAACCCUAUUCUUCAUAACAGCACAAAGCAUAUGAAGCUGACAUCCACUAUGUGCGUGACUUGAUCAAUGAAAUUGUUUUCGUGCUUCAUUAUUUGCCUAUUGAUGAUGAAGGAUAGCAACCCGGUGAACUAUAAUAUUUUUUAUAUUAAAAUUUGUAUGCUUUAUUCUUAAUAUGAAAUAGGUUGCAUACAAUCAGCCUUGAGAAACCACCAAAUCUUGGGGCCUGUCAACAAAAACAUCAUCUUCCUCCCACUUACAAAGUUUAUUGGCCAUGAAAUGGAUUCACUUUGUUAUUAUUACGGUCUGAAGAAUCCAUGUCACAAUUGGAGAGAUCUCUAAUUUCGCGCACACGUUUUCUAACUCAAUCUUCUCCACCUUCCUCGUAUAUGUAUUUUUUCUAAUUAGGUGCUAUAUUAUGUUACCAAAUGGUUUGAUAUAAAAGUAAAAUACUGGGUACCAGAUUUUAAAUUAUUACAAUAAGUGUCACAUCUCUUGUGAAAGUUAAUAUCUCAAAAUAUUAUGCAAAAUGUUCUUUUGUGUCGUGUUUUUUUUUAAAUACAAUAUAUUAGCCAUAACUAUUAAGUAGCGGAUAAUUAUAGCCACAACUAUCGAAAUACAAAUUAUUAUCCAUAACUAUAGUUGUGGGUCAUGAUUUGGCUAACAGCCCGUUACUGUUUUCAAAUUUUUAACGUAGAAGGUCAUGUCAGCAUCGUAAAAAAUAUGAUAUGAUGACUGCCACGUGGGAGCCAGCUCGGCAUCGUAAAAGCUUAGUCAUCAUUACUAACAGAAGUGUUAACGAAAACUUAACGAUUGGCUAAUAAUUUGUAUUUCGAUAGUUGUGGCUAUAAUUCCCCUCUACUUACUAGUUAUGGCUAAUAUGUUGUAUUUGCCUUUUUUUAUGGUUUUGCAGAUUCCCAGCUUAUGUGACAUUUUCUAUAAAAAUUUCUAAAAUGCUAUGUCAUUAAUUCGUUAUGAAAAUUUCACCAAGAAAAAAGAAAUUGUUAUGGAAUGAUGCGUUUCAUUAUUAUUUCUACAAAUUACUUACUGGGCUCGAUCUAUUUCCCCGAUGAUGUAGCUAGCCGUAAGUGCAUUUCUCAUGUUCUCCCUUUUGACUCGCACAACAAAACCCCCACCAUAAUCGCACCCGAUUUGCCAUUUAUGAUGUGCAUAAACAAAAUUACAAGUCAAUAGUAAAGAGAUCGAGUUUGAUUAUUAUCUCUUCUAACUACCUACCUGAAAAUGGCUACUUACUCAUCAUCGCCAUCAUCCCAACCAGAAUCUCUAUUAAUUUUGCCCGAACACCAUGCGAAGCCGCCGCUGGCCGUCGCCGGUGAUAAAACCAGGCCCAACGAUGGUGAUUGUCCAGGCCCAUACGGCUGUGCGGCCCUCAUUCUCCUCACGAUCCUCUUACCCGGUAUUCCCGCUACUUCAAGGCUUGCAACCCUACGCCCCGAGAGCCGACGUCGUUUCCGCUUUCGUGUCAGUUCGCAAUGGGACCACCAGCAGUAAUCGGUUGACUGCCAACUGGGCAAUCACUCUUCAGCUCGACUCCAGCCAAGCGUAUCCACACCGAGCCGUGGCUUUGGUUUUUCACGCUGGCGGCGGCGACGAUUCAGGCCGCAAGAGUGAUAUUGGUGCUGCUGGCGCCCAACGUCUACUCGCAUCGACCCGGCGGUUCUCAGGGAUAAAGAUUUUGGACCGCCAGCGGGAUGAUGGAAUCGUCACGUUUGCGAUCCAGUUGAGGGCCGAAGAAGCAGACGUCGGGGAGCGUGUGGCGGCCUCCAUCUCCAAGGAUUUGAUGGCCGGGAAUCGGUUGCGGUUCAGAGUGUUGGUUCUUGUUUGGGUGCGGCUGGAAAUGGAAUUCAAUGGUGACCGGUAUUAUCUAGCGCGGAUUAGUUGCGAUCCGUUCUGGAUCGAGUCUUCGAGUAUUGCAGGGAGAGAAUCUAAUCGGAAGGAAAAAUGUCGUGUCCAAGUGAUAUUACAAAGCAAGUCGAGUUUUUUGGAGGAAAGCUGGACACAACACAUAGUAUGACAAAAUAAUCUAUCUAGCGCAAAGUAAAACUUCAAGUACGUAAUCAUAACCCCUACAUUGUUGUUUUCCCAAGUUGAUGAAGUUUUGUCUCUAAAAAACGUUGGUGAAGUUUCCUAAGAAUGGAGUUAUAUAUGGAAUAUUUGGUUGAGAUCUUAUGGUACAACGUCAUGCAUGUUCGAUAAAAUAAUAUAUAUGUUUUCAUUUAUCACCGUAAUAAUAUUAUAUGUAUUGAUCUUAUGGUUUAACGACAUUUGUGAUGGCGUAAAAAUUGUUUGGUUGUGCAGGACUCUACAAAGCAAGCCAAGUUCCUUGGAUGAAAAAUUGAACAAACCCCAACACGACAGUAUAAAUCAUGGGAAGUGAGGUCAAUGAUUGGGUUAUUGGAAGGCUGUUGUUUUCUUACAUCUUUUGUGAACUUCCUGUAAGAACGAAACUAUAUCUUUUUAGAUGUAACUAGCCUUUUGUUUGAAUCAACGGACUGCAAAAUACGAGAAGUUUUUAUUAGCAAUGACAAAAGGAUUCAACAAUGGAGAACAAAACAACAUCAUCAGUUAAUCUCCCUUUUUACUCGCAAAAACAAACCGCCCUAUAUGACCGCCAACAUUUGCUAUUUUUGUACAGAAAAAUGAGAGUCAACCGCCUUCCUUCUAUAGGUUUGUACUACUUUGUAGUUCGCCAUAUCUAUAGUUAGGCUAAUUUUUUAGCCGACUGUCUUGCUCAUCAGGGUUACCUGUUAGACCCGGGAUUUAUCUCUUUCAGUGUUAGUAGCCUGGACUUUGACUGUUGGCGUUUGCAUGACUCUAUUAGCGGAUUUGUUGUCCGCGAAAUUAAAUACUUUCAUGUGUAAGUAAAACAUUCAAGUUCACAUUCGUUCAUUCUGAAGUUGUACAGGAGCAUAAAAAUAGGUUAACUUUUUUUCCAUGCAUAUUAAUGUUGUAUGUGUAUCGGUUUAUGGUGUUUAACAUUAUGCAAUAUUGCAAUUGUGCUAUUUGCUCGAGCAGGAUUCGACAAAGCAAGCCUAGUUUCGAAGACGAGAGUUGAACAAGAUUAAAUAUGAGAAAAUAAAUUAGCAGCCUGGUUUCAAAGACAAUCCUUUUGUCAAUCAAGUUUCAGUUAUAUAAGUUCGAAGUGCUAUUUUGAUACAGAGGUCAUAAAGUACAUGGGUUUUUUUGUUUGUUCUUUCGUUGGAGGAUUCAAGAGAAUUUUUCAAUUUUAUGACAAAUCAUUGUUUACUUUUUGUUUAUUUAUCAUGUUUAUUUGUCAUGUCUGACGAAUUUCUCAUCGUGAAAAAAAUGUGUGUUAAUUAGUACAAACCAAAUUGGUAUUGGGCUUUACUUAAAUGGUUGUAUCAAUGCUUAAUAAGAAUGAGUGAAUGAC